AGGUACUGCGUCGUAUCCCCGAUGAAGACGGUUGAAAUAACAUUGAAACGCUGGGCGAAGUAACUUGGACGUAUAUUUCCAUGAUAAUGAUAAUGUUUGAUACAUUUUCAAAAUUAUCGCCAUUUGAAUUGCUGGGAACAAUAAUAAUUAAUGUUAUUUAAUAACGGCCUCAAAGAUACCUACAUCAAGAGAUUUUUUAAAUACCAGAGUGAAACCAAAACCAAAUGAGGAAUUCGGACGAAUACCGACCUUAUGGCGAUACCUUUAUAGACAUACGUACCGCGUUGAUAACAAUAACGUAACUUUGUAUCGUUACAAGUAACGUUAUUCCUCGCAAGUCAAAAUUAUUAAUGUCAUUCAUAAUUGCCUGUUUGUGUCAAAAAUAUCCACCUGUACAGUGCUCAAAAAUAUGUUCACAAGACCGUAUUGAAUACCAGCUGAUAGAUAACGUAUUUUCGUAAAGUAACUAACUAAUGUGUCGCUAACUAAUUUGUAACGUUUCUUAGUUUUGUAACACUUCAAGCCUUGAAAUCGUCAGGCAGGACUUAUGGACUUAAUUAGGGCAUGCUGUUGUUAAAAGCGAUGGAUUUCGAUACAGAAAAGUUUAUAAACGAGAUAAGGAACCGGCCUACGAUUUGGAACUCUAAAUGCCCUGACUAUGUGGACCGGGAGCUGAAGUUACAAGCUUGGAACGAGUUGGUGGACCAGUACGCUGGGGAUGAGGCCCUGACGAGGGAAGAGAGGAAACGAGUAUGCGUGCAUCUUCAGAAGAAAUGGAGAAACAUACGCGAUUGCUUCGUCAAAACCCACAAAGCGAGAACCAAGUCUGGCAGCGACAAGAAAAAAGUAACACAAUACGCGUUCUACGACCACCUCAUGUUCUUAGCCGACGUCGCAUCUAGCAAAGACUCAAAUAACGUUAUCAACGUUGCCGAAAUUAAAAACGAAGUUAUACAUAACGAUGACGACGACCCACUGGCAGUUGUCAAUCGGGUAUUUAAAAAGAAAAAAAUUGAAAUACUGGUUGAUCCUUUCUCGGACGGUGAUUCGUCAUCUAAUAAGAGAGAGAGAACGCAAGAGAGAGAAAGCGAUAAUACGGAAGACGAAGAUCAAUUGUUUUGCUUGUCUUUGGUGAAAGAGUUUCGUAAGAUACCGGACCAUUUGCGGAUACAAGCGAAAAUAGAUAUUUUGAAAGUUAUUAAAGACGCACAGUUUGCGGAUUGGACAGGGCAUGGGACGGAUCCUCAAUACUAUUGAAGUAAAAAACCUCUACCUAUGUGCUGUCAAAAUCGUUGCAGAGUUAUCUUGGUCUAAAGGCGUGUCCAGACGGGGACAAUUUUUCGCCAAUCUGAUUAAAUUGUCCGAUCAAAUCAGGCCGUGCGGGAGCAAAAGCCAAUUUGGCUCGACGAAUUCAAUAAUACCCCAAAAUAAAAUGGGCUGCGGCUGCGGACGCAAGAAUACCUUCAAUACAAUUUGUGACGCUAAUAUUCGCGUUUGGGGCCAUUUCUUUAA